UGUAAUGUAGCCGAAUUGGAAAUUUGGAAGGUAUACAUGAAAAUACUGGGGCCCACAUGAAGUACACGGAAGUAAUGAAACCUCCCACGUUGAACACAAACGAAGAACACGAAGCCCCCUCUCCCCUUCCCCACUCUCUUUAACUUGUCCCCGAUCAGAGCCCGAGUCGCCGCGUUUGCUCGUCGUCGUCCAUGAUCUCCGGCCCGGUCCGAUGCCGAGCCCGCCGUGGAAGAAGACCCGGCCCGGCCCUGGACCCGGUCUAUCCCGGUUCGUCUCCGGCCUCCGGUCCGACCGGGCCGGCUCGCUCGUCGUCCAAACCGGGUUCCCCACCUCCCUCGCCGACCUCGUCGUCAAGAACCACUCCCGCCUCAAGAAACCCUCGCGCUCCAAGAAGAAGGCCCCUAGGGUUUUGGACGCCGACCCCGCCCCCGCCCCCGCCCCCACCGUCGGAUCCUCGUCGGACGCUGCGGACCCUCGCUCUACAUCACCACCUUCCUCCGAGGAGGCCUCCGACGCGAUCUUACGGGAAGCGGAAGCAAACCCUAGAAUCCCCCAAUCCGAUCGAGGUACGCUGCGAAUCGAGCUUGUUGUGCUCGCGACGCUCGUGGUUUUGAUCCUUUUGGCGAUUGGUAGGAAGAAGCUCGUGGUGGGGAUCACGCUCUCGGCCUUCGCCCUGUGCUUGUUCGAUGCAGCAAAGCUCCGCAUCGUUCGGUUCCUGAGGCCGUGUCCCCAGGCGCGCCGGAGCUUGAAUUCGAUGAUCGGAGGGCUCAGUUUGGAGGGGAGAGGAUGGGUUUCGCCGAUCAGGGAAGCCGCGAUUGACGCCCGAUCGGAUUCGAUGGGUUCGUCAGAGAGCGGUUUGGAUUCGAUGGGAUCGGAGAAAAGCUCGGUAGAUUCUGUGCCUCCAGAUGAGAAAACAGAGCUUUCGAUGGAAAGGAUGGAUAUUGUUGGGGUUGAUUCGAGUACUUCGAAGGCGAAGAAGCUUCUGAAGAAGUUUGUGUCGAAGAAGUUUCGUAAGUAUAGGAAAAGUAAGAAUGAAAAGGAGACACCUUUGGAUCCAAGUGGGAGUAGUGAAUUGGAUUCCAUUAGGAAAAGUAAUCAGGAGAAAGAGGCAAUCAUGGAAAAGGAAGAAGUCGUGGGAAAUGGCGACGACGGUUCGCUAUGCUUUGACUCCUCAGGUGAUCUCACUCGGUUAGACGCAGAGGAAAAGAAAGUGGAAUCGGAUAUAGAAGAUCCACACGAAUCUGGAACCGAAGCCAGAGUAUCUCAGCUCCUAGUUUUCUUCAUUUUAGUUCUUUUAGGCCUUGUCGGAGGGAAGGUUGCCGCACUUGUUCUUACCAUGUUUAGUAUCUUGUCUAUAAGAUCAAUUGAAGCAUUGUGGAAUAAAUGGAAUUUAUGGCGGACUGAUUCAGUUUUUCAAUGUACCGCAGAUUAGAGCGAGUUUUUCGGCUCUUGUUAAGUGAUUGAGGCCUUUUUCCCUUGGCUCAUCAAUUCUCAUGUCUCGUUAAUUCGGGCGGUGAUUCGAACCUUGAAUAUGUAACAGGUAGUGUAAAGGAAGGUGAAAGAAAACUUACACAUGUUUUCUUGUUCUUUUGUUUGUAUCUUCUUUCCAAUUGUAGUUAAAAUUGCCAUAUUAUAAUCCGCUUAAUCUGUUUGUUAGUAUAUCCUGUUGAUUAGUUCUAUCCAUAGACCAGUUGUGCUGGAGUUAUAACCUUAUAAGCUUCCCAGUGUAGGCUAGAAAAUAUUCUCAUUUUCCCCUUUAUUUGUGGUUAAGUUCAUGUUUUAUAUUUCAUCUAUUAUGGAUGUCUCCUAUUUAGAACUUACACCCUUUUCAGUGGAAAUUCCUAUCUGUGAUUGAAUUUCCAAUUUUUGAAUGAAUAAACCUUCAUUUCUUAAGAAGAUCUACUAUCUAAAUUUGAGUCUGACCACCCAUCACUUUUGAGUACUUACUUUUUUCGAUAGUCCUUUUUAAUUCCAACUAUAGACCUAUUUGUCACUGUCCCUGUGUGUUUUUCGCUGGAUUUUCCCACACUGAUAACAUCAAAAUUUCUAGUUUGUUCAGAAAUUUUAACAGAAAGUAUGUAUUUUGCUUAUUUGCAGGCGACCCCAUAAGAUGGAGGUAAAUCUUAAUGUAAUUCCAAUACAUUCUCAGUUUUUGAUUUAGACUCUUGAUUAAGCCAUCUUAAUGUAAAGUGAUUUGUUUGUUAA